GGGGUAUGAUGUAGAGUUUGACAGAUUGUGGUCACAGAUUAGACUUUCAGAUAAAUUGAGAUCAGACACGCUAAGCAUCUUAUCCUAAGCAUGUUUCCAAGUGUAGCUGUUUUUAUUAGAGUUUAUAUGUAUAUUUUUAUUGAAGCACAUACCUUCCUAUAUCCCAGAGGACGCUGUUGAAUUGAUGAUAAAAGACCCAUGAAGCCCUCAUUAUUUGUCUCCUCAUUCCACAUCAACACUUCAUUGCUUCGCCUUCAUUCUACUCGCCUUUGCACUUCUAUCUAUCAAGAAGUAAGUCAGUCCAAUCCAACCGGAAUAUUGAGAAAUACUGACAGUUCUUAAGUCGUGCUCUCCUAUUUCAUCGCCUUUGCUAUAGAACUUGACGGCUUGACGCCCAUCGCCAUAAUCUUUCAUCAUGAAGAACUUCAGAUCCGUAUUGGCAUUCAUCGCCAUCUCCGCCACACUCGUUUCCACUCGAGCUUUGCCACAAAGCGAGAGUGAUCUCAUUGCUAGAGCACCAGUCCCAAAUGGUUAGCCAAGUGCAACUCACAAAACCAAACAUAGCUAACAGCAUUAGUAUUGGAGUUCUAUGCUCGAUCCUCAAAGAAUAAACUCAACGCUGCCGCUGAUGGACCUGGUAGUGAUGGUCAGUCGCCCCCACUCUAAUAUCUUUUCAUAAUACUUAAUUAUGCAGCAGAAAUCUUUGGCAUAAACAAUAAAAAGGCAAAGGGUACUGGCACUUCUGGUGCGAGCACUGCAGCCUCUACCGGAACUGGCAAGAAGGGCAAAGGCAAGGGCAAGGGCAAUAAGGUUCGUUUAAUUCAGACUUUUUCAUUCCUUCACAAAAUAAUAACAUAUAACAGGGAAGCGCAAAAGGCACCGGAGCGGCAAAAGGCAAUGGUGCGGCAAAAGCCACUGGAAAGGCAAAGACCACCAGCGCAGCAGCAGCCAAGUCUGGAACUCCUCAGCCGGCAAGAAAGGUAAAGGCAAAGGUAGUAACGAAGACAGUGACGAUAGUAAUGACAACCACGGAGAAGAUUCCGAUGAUGAAACUGCAAAAGCGGCCAAAGCGGUAAAGCGGCAAAGCGGGCAAAGCAAUGAAUGGAAUGGAAAAAUGGAAGGAAAAGGAAUGAAACGGAAUGGAGGUGGAAGGAAGCAAAUGGAAUGGAAAAAUCAGGGAAUGGAAAUGGAAAUGAAAAAAAGUAUGGAAAAGGAAAAAGGAAAUGGAAUGGAAUCUGGCAAAAAAGAGGGAGGAAUGGGAAGGAUGGCAAGAAUGAAGGGAAAAGCAGGAAAGAAGGAAGCAAUGGAGAUGAAGCAGAAAAAGCAGGCAAAGGAAAUGAGUGGGCAAUGGAGAUGGAAAAGGCAGGUGGAAAAGGAGAUGAAGCAGGAAUGGAAAUGGAAGGGAUCAGAAUGCGAAUGAACUCAGCUCUCUCGGUCUCCGUCACUAGCCAACCUUAGAAUCCAGAAAGAAAAAUAAGAACGGUACCUCUGCUGCAAACGGUACUGCUGCCGCGAGUGGAACUACUAGUGGGAAGAAACCUGGCUCUACUGGUAGUAAAGGAAAGAAGGGUAAGGGUUCUAAGGGGAGUGCUAAGGCUACUGGGCUUAGUGUAGAUGCUGCUGCUCUUCCUCCUCCUAAUUAGUUUUUUGGAUUUGGUUGGCUGGUGAUGGAUUGAGGUGGAUUGGGACGGAUUUUUAUAGGAGUCUUUGGUUGGAAUGAAUAUAUAUAUGGAAUUGGAUCUGGCGGUUUGAUACCGGUCAACUGGGUUGGUU